UAGGUUACCCAGGGAUACGGAAGCUGAUGGGUUUCCUCCCCCCUACUCCAGCUCAACCAGGAAGUAAAGUUUCUAUUUUCUCUGAGCUCAGAAGUUUAAUACCAGGCAAAGCAGAGGGGAAGGGGGGAGUGGACGAGGCCUCCCAGAAGAGGAGAUCAGAGUCACACAGAAGUGGGGGACUCCAGCGAAAGCCAUAAGCAGCCAAGCCACAACAGCCCGGGCUCCAUGAGGGCUAUGAAAAUCUAUGUGAAGAUCUAAGUCUCCAGAUGGGUCCAAGUUCUGUGCAGAUACCAGGCUGGACGUAGAAAGUGGACGUAGAAAGGCGAGCCCCUAGCCUCUUCCCAUUCUAGCUCCUAGUUGUGGGAAAGGAUGACGACGCUCAUUCACAGAGGGCGGCGUGCUGACGUGGGCAAGAACGCCGACAAAAGGCUGGAGGGCGAGGAUGAUGACUCGAAAGACAGAAACCUGGAUGAGGAGGAAUCCGGUGAUUCCAAAGAUAUCCGCCUGACCCUCAUGGAGGAGGUGCUGCUCCUGGGACUGAAGGAUAAGGAGGGCUAUACGUCCUUCUGGAACGACUGCAUCUCCUCGGGCCUGCGUGGCGGCAUUCUCAUCGAGCUGGCGCUGCGCGGACGCAUCCAGCUGGAGCCACUCACCAUGAGGAAGAAGAGGCUGCUGGACAGAAAGGUGCUCUUAAAGUCAGACACCCCGACUGGCGACGUCCUGCUUGAUGAGACCCUCAAGCACAUCAAAGCCACAGAGCCUGCAGAGACAGUCCCAUCAUGGAUAGAGCUGCUCACAGGCGAGACCUGGAACCCCUUCAAGCUGCAGUACCAGCUGCGCAAUGUGCGGGAGCGAAUCGCCAAGAACUUGGUGGAGAAGGGGAUCCUGACCACGGAGAAGCAGAACUUCCUGCUCUUCGACAUGACCACCCACCCAGUCACCAACACCACCGAGAAGCAGCGCUUGCUCAAGAAGCUGCAGGAGAGUGUCCUGGACCGGUGGGUAAACGACCCGCACCGCAUGGACAGGAGGACCUUGGCCUUGCUGGUGCUGGCCCACUCCUCGGACGUACUGGAGAAUGUUUUCACCCCGCUGGCGGAUGACAAGUAUGACACGGCCAUGAACAGGUCAAAGGACCUCUUGGACUUGGAUCCCGACAUGGAGGCCACCAAAGCCAGUGCCACUGAGAUGAUCUGGGCUGUCCUGGCGGCCUUUAACAAAGCCUAAAUCCAGACCGCCUUGCCUGUUCAACGUAGCAUGGGACCUUUGGGCGGGGAGCUGCACUGGGCCGGGCCAGCACAAACUCUGUUCUACAUGGCACCUGGGUUUCACUGAUGUCCAUGCCCGGCCCAACCUACCUCUUUUGGCUGGGGAUUGUUGUGCUGGUAGAACGAGCGACUGUAUGUUGUAUGUCCUCUUCUCGUAAACACUCGGCUACAUGAA